AUGGAUUCUGAACGACUUAGAAAUUUAAGCAUUAAUGCACCUCUUUUGUCAACAAAGCGUUUUGGUUUUUCAGGUGUUGCAGAUACAUAUUGCUCCUCAAGCUCACUUGGAAGUAUAGUACCAAAUACAAGUGUUCCAUUUUCAUGGGAACAAGCCCCAGGUAAACCAAAAACCAUGGAGAGGAGUGAUGGCAUCUAUGAUGGAGAUAUAGACACCCCGCGGCUACGACCACCUCCUUGCCUUUGGCAUCCACCGGAAGAAGCAGCUAAAGCUGAAGUAUGUAAUGGUGUUCUUGCAUUUGAUCAAGAUGAUGGUUGUGAUGGUGAUAAUGACGAUGAGGACAAGAAGAAUGAUACUUUCUCAGAUGCAAUGGAUGUUUUGUCUCUUUCAGAGGCGUUAGACAUUGUGCAAAAAGCAGAGACAGCUCAUGGUAAAAGUAAUGAUGGGUUGAGAUUAAAGCUUGCGGAGUCUAAUGGUUGUCAAUCUCCAACCUAUAUGAUCAACCGUUUUCUUCCUGAUGCCAAUGCAUUGGCUGCAUCAUCUGAUGCACAUAUUUCGAAUGAUUGGAAAAUUUAUGAUACUUGGAGUGAUGAGGGUUAUAUCAAAGGUUCCACUGGGAACUCAUAUGUUUCUUCUCCAAAAGGUUGUGGCCUGAAAUUUCUCUUCUCUUGGCUUAUGAAGAAUAAGCUUUGUGCUAUAAAGAGCCCUGUCCUACCAUCAUCUACAAAUGUGCAGAAGCAUCGACACAGUUCAAAGCAUAAGAAACAUCGUUUAUCACUUCACAGGCCCUGCGCAAAUGUGAAAGAAGAUAUUCUACGAAUACAAUGA